UAAAGCGAUCAUGGAGAAAUUAUCAAGAUAUUUUAGUCCUCCAAGUACUGUGAAAGGAAUGAAGAUCUUGGACAGAGAGGCUUUGAGAACUACCAUCACCCUUCCAGCUCUUCGAAUCGGAGCCAAAAAGUGUUCACUUUUUUUAAAACGUCUAAACAAAUGCCUUUUGAACCAACCUCGUAUGAGAAACAUUGUCCCAGAUAUGAGUGAAACAAGUAGAAAGAUUCUCCUUCUACAUCCAAUGAAUUCGUUGAAAACCUUGGGAGAAGAGGAUCGAGAAUUCGCUCAAAAUCAGGGAGCAGAAGAAACGACUUAUGAUUUGGUACUUGGCUACGAACAUUGGACAUCAGAGCAAGUUUUAAGAGCCAUAUUACCGGAUGAGAUUGAUGAAAUACCUUCAUCCUUCGAGACAAUCGGUCACAUAGCACACUUGAAUUUACGAGAUUCGCAAUUAGAGUUCAAAUCACUAAUCGGGCAAGUGAUAUUAGACAAGAAUUCCCCUCAGAUCAAAACUAUUGUGAACAAAACAAACACCAUCCAUGAUACUUUCCGCUUCUUCAAGAUGGAGGUGUUAGCUGGAGAGAGCAACUUCUACACCUCUGUGAAACAAGAUGGCUGUAUUUUUGAGUUUGACUUUUCCAAAGUUUAUUGGAAUUCUCGUCUUCAAACAGAGCACAGGCGUCUUGUUGAAUCAUUUGAUUCAGGUGAUGUUGUGUGUGACAUGUUUGCAGGAGUUGGUCCAUUUGCUAUUCCUGCGGCAAAGAAAGGAUGCAUUAUUUAUGCCAAUGACUUGAAUCCUGCAUCCUAUGAGGCUUUAUUAAAAAAUGCAAAAAUCAAUCAUGUGAAGGAUAAAAUUCAUGCUUUUAAUUUGGAUGGGAGGGACUUUGUGAGAAAAAUGGUUCAGCUGUCUUCAUCAUCAUCAUUAUUAGAAUCGUCAAUUACUGAUCAAAGCAUUCAAGGAAGUUACAGCAGACCCUUUACACAUGUUGUCAUGAAUCUACCUGCUAGUGCAGUUGAGUUUCUUGAUGUUUUCCAUGGUCUCUACACUUCGCACAAACAAUUAGUGCUCCCAAUGAUUCAUUGUUAUUGCUUCUCUAAGUCCCAGUCUCCAGGAGAUGAUGCCAAGCAGCAAGUGGAAAAGAAUUUGGGAAUUAGCCUUAAGAGUGAAUACAGCGUUCACUGUGUACGUGAUGUUGCACCGAAAAAGGCUAUGGUUUGUGUGUCAUUCAAGUUACCAGAAUCUGUUGCAUUUGCUGAUGUUGAAAGAAGAAGUGUUGAAUUGAAGCGAGAAAGAGAAGACCAUAAUCAUGAUGGUCAAAGAACAAAAGAAGCCAAGCUAGACAUCAAGUGCUAAUGGUGUUGGUGAAUUAGUUGUUCCCUAAUUGGCCAGGUAGAGUUCAUGUAACCAACUACAUCCAGUGACUGUUGAUUUAUGCACUUUGUUGUAAAAAUUCAUUUGUUCUUUCAUCAUCUGGUAUUAAAUGUUGUCUUGAAACCAUA